AGUAAGUCCAUGUGGUCUGUUGGUCAAACACCCACAACUGCGCCAUCACCGGAGCGCCAAUGGUGCUCUGUUGACACUACAUUGGGACUGCGAGAAUUUUGUUUUACUUAGAUGUCUCAGACUCGUGCUCCUCAUAGAGGACAAGAAGGACUUGCUGGUUCCUACUGCAGAGGUCAUGCGAGAGUAUAGGUGAAUAUCCUCAUAACACCAGCGGGCGGAGCAGGGCAGAGCCGACGUGGGCGGGUCAAAUGGAGACGAGCUCUGGGAAUGUAUGUGGUAAGAGAUCGGCCUUGAUCAGCGGCGCUGUUAUGUUGCUAUUGGAAGUCGUCCCUACUAAAGGGCAUGCUUUGAGCUUUAGCUGCGGAACAAACGCGAAGUAAAUAAUGUACACGACAGAGCGCAGGCGAAUGAGCCUGCGAGACUCAAAGAGGAAGGAUCCAGUACGGGUGUCCGCUGGAAGUUUGUGGCAGGACUCUUUGGCGUUAGAGCUGAGCGCCAGCAACGGCUCGGGUAAACAGAUCGUUUCUCCGCGGAGUCGAACCAGAGCAGUGUCAGUGGCAUACAUUGUCAACGAGGACGCGUCAGUGCCGCACACCGAAGAAAACUUAUCUCUAAAGUGUCUGAAGGAAGCCUGCGCGGACGCACACGCUCUUCUCAAAACGAUUUCAUUUGACAGAAUUUCCCAAGGCACUACAGACAUUCUGGAUAGUUUCUACAAUGCAGAUGUUGCAGUGGUGGAAAUAAGCGACUCCUUUUGCCAGCCUUCCCUUUUCUAUCAUCUUGGAGUGAGGGAAAGUUUCAGCAUGACUAAUAACAUCAUUCUGUAUUGUUCUAAGCAAGAUAGUGAUCUGCAAGCUCAUAAGGAGCAGUGUGGAAGUGACACCUUCAUCCCAUAUAUAGUGUCACCUCAGGGCAAGGUGUUUGCCUGUGACGUUGCCAUGAUGACUUGUAUCAAAGAUCUGAUGCAACCUAGUUUCCAGCUGGAGCCGCUGCUCAUCCCCCUGGUUGAGAAACUGGUGCACCUGCUGAACAAUGUGCACAUUCAGUCCAGUGAGUACUUCCGGGAGUCAAUUAGGCAUGAGAUUCGCAUGGCACGGGAGCGGUUCAGCGGCAGAGCCUUGAGCGAGGAGUUAAACCACAUCCAGCAACGCCUGGAUAGUGUAGAUCUGCUUUCUCCGGAUAUUGUAAUGAGCCUAUUGUUGUCCUACAGGGACGUUCAGGUAUGCAUUUAUAAAUCUGUGUGUCUAAACUAGUGAUUAUUUAUUAACAUAUUAUUUUAUGUUAUGUUAUGGCACGGUGGUUAGCACUGUUGCCGCACAGCAAGAAGGUCCUGAGUUCAAUUCCACCAUCAGGUGGAGUUUGCAUGUUCUCCCCAUCCCGGAGAUCGUGAAAAGGCUUUGAAAGAAAUUCUGCCAAUUGUGGAGUCAGGGAACAAGGUGGCAUCAGACGUCUACUGCCUGUGUGGACGCAUCUACAAGGACAUGUUCAUGAGCUCAGCGUUCACUGAUGAGUCCAGCAGAGACCAGGCCUGCUAUUGGUAUGGGAAAGCCUUUGAGACAGAGCCAACUCUUCACUCGGCCAUCAACAAUGUGGUCCUCCUGAUAGCAGCUGGCCAUGAAUUUGAGACGUCUAUAGAGUUGCGCAAACUAGGUGUGACUUUAAGCACCCUGCUGGGUAGAAAGGGUAGUCUGGAGAAGAUGAAGGACUACUGGGAUGUAGGUUUCUACCUUGGAGCAAACAUUCUUGCAGGUGAAUACAGGAAAGUCAUUGAGGCCUCUGAGAAGCUCUACAGACUCAAGGCCCCUGUUUGGUAUGUGGCAUCUAUUAUGGAAACGUACAUCCUGUACCGUCGGUUUGCCAAGUUACCUGAAGUGAGAUCUCCUAAACAAGAUACAGUGGACUUCUGGAUGGAGCUGCUUUUGCAGACCUGUAAACCCACUGCCUCAUCAAACUGUUGUCCAGUGCUCAUUCUGGAGCCCAGUAAAGUCUUCCAACCAGCUAUUGUGUCUGUGAACGAGGAGGACCAAAGUCAGACUGUCCAGCUAAAACACGCCACACGCUUAAAGAAGGGCUUAAACCAGUGGACUUUCCAAGCUUCUGAAAUUCGGGGAGUGAGUGCUUCAAAGAUUGAUGAGCGGAGCUGCUUUCUGUACGUCCACUACAACUCGGAUGAUUUCCAGCUCUGCUUCCCAUCUGAGAUUCACUGUAAGGGUUUCUGUGAGUUGGUAAACUCCCUUCUCCAGGAGGCUGAAAACCAUGUUCAAGAUAUAGAACAUACACUCGGAGAAAUACUAGAGUAUAUCUAUGAGACCAAUGAGAAUGGUGACAAGGUAAUACUUGGUAAAGGAACUUAUGGUGUAGUGUACGCUGGAAGGGACCUGAGCAACCAAGUACGCAUCGCCAUCAAAGAGAUCCCCGAGAAGGACAGCACGUAUUCUCAGCCCCUGCAUGAGGAGAUUGCUCUGCACAAGAGGCUUAAACACAGGAAUAUUGUCCAGUACCUGGGCUCUGUCAGUCAGGAUGGUUUCAUCAAGAUCUUCAUGGAAGAAGUACCUGGGGGUAGCUUGUCUUCUCUUUUGCGCUCGAAAUGGGGUCCUCUGAAAGACAACGAGCCCACCAUCAUUUUCUACACCAAGCAGAUACUUGAGGGUCUAAAGUACCUUCAUGAGAAUCAGAUAGUCCACAGAGACAUUAAGGGUGACAAUGUACUGAUCAACACUUAUAGUGGAGUUUUGAAGAUAUCUGAUUUUGGAACCUCCAAACGGUUAGCAGGGAUUAACCCCUGUACUGAAACAUUUACUGGAACUCUGCAGUACAUGGCCCCUGAGAUUAUAGACCAAGGACCUCGGGGUUAUGGGAAGCCGGCAGAUAUCUGGUCUCUAGGGUGCACUAUCAUAGAAAUGGCAACAGGCAAAACACCCUUUCAUGAGCUGGGAAGUCCCCAGGCAGCCAUGUUCAAGGUUGGCAUGUUUAAGAUCCACCCCAAGGUCCCAGAGUGCAUGUCAGAUGAGGCCAAGAGUUUCAUCAUGAACUGUUUCGUGCCAAAUCCAGAUGAAAGAGCCACAGCGGCAGAACUGCUUAAGGACCAUUUCCUAAAGUUGUCUAUGAAGAAAAAAGCUAAAGCUGUUCUGGAAUCCCUGUCUAUAACUGACUAUCAGCGCAGUAUGUCUGUGCCUAUCUCCAUCCUUGUGGAGGAUACUGAUUCUUACUCUGACUUGGUUGACCUGUCUUGUUCUCUGGACCUGACGAGGUCGCAGUCCUCUCUCAGAGCAGAAGAAAUCUCAGAGAGCCCACCGAGCACCAACAGCUUCCUGUUAAUACCAGAUGACUCCACAUCAGACAUGAGCAGUCCAUCCUCAACAGAGGAGAGUACUGGCCUUUUUAUGCUGAGAAAGGACAGUGAGAGGAGAGCCACGCUGCACAAAGUUCUCACUGACUACAUAAGCCAUGUUGUGUCUAGUAUACAGCAGUCUGUGCCUCAGUAUGGUGAUGGCUCCUCGAUUACUCCAGACCACAUCACCAAACUCGUUAUUUGUUUGCGUGACAACAUCCAUUCCCCGGACAGGAAGCAGCUUACCAGCGGCUUGCUGGAGCUUCGAGCUAUGCUCGUAGCUGCCUCAGUACCUCUGAACAGCCUACAGGUGGUGCUAUUUAACUUCCAAGAUGCAGUGAAAAAAGUGUUGAAGCAACAAAAGGUGAAACCUCAUUGGAUGUUUGCUCUGGACAAUCUGCUGAGACAGGCAGUACAGGAUGCCAUAACUGUAUUACUGCCAGAACUCAAACUCCAUCUGCAGUCCUCGUUCGAGAGUGAGGACAACACCUCUGAGGAGCUGUUUGCCGAUCCAGACACUCCUGUAGCUCUAGUCCCCGACCAGCUGGUGGCACCAGCAUACACACAGCAGCCAGAUCCAGCAAAUGACGUGCUGCCUAGAGCCAACCCUAAACCUGCGGACUUCAACCUUAACACCAACUGGCCACUCAGCGAGAACCUGAGAGAUCUGCGACUGGAGACCAGAAGACUGCUGAAUCAUCUAAGCGAGAAGGAGACAGAGUAUCAGGAGCUACUGAGGAACUCUCUCUGGAGAAAACAACAGCAAAUAGACGCACUGAGGAAAGAAUCAGUCAAUGAGGAUGUGGAGUUGGCUUCACAGAAAAGCUCCAGACCAGAGAAGAAAGCCUUAGCGCGCUGGCUAAAGACUGUCCCCGUAGAUCAAGACACUAUCAACAAGUUGCUCUCUCAUGAGUUCACCUUGGACUGUCUCCUCCGUAUGGCCGCCAAGGAUGACUUGAUGUACUGUGGAAUAAGAGGCGGCAUGUUGUGUCGAAUCUGGGCAGCUGUAACAGCUUACCGGAAGACCCAGCUCAGCACGCACAAUGAGGACAGCGAGGACACCCUUCUUUAAUGGCUGCUGAUGUUACACAUCAAAGGGCAGGUUCAUAGACAGGCUGGCCCUGUGUGUGGUCUGGAGGAACAGAGGCAUUUCAGGUUGCUGAUGUAAAGCAGAUAAAAUUUUGAAGACAUUUUUAGACUGUGAAUGUACUAUAAAGGAGCAUCAGAAGCUUUUUACUGAAAAGCUAAGUCAUGUCAAAAUUUUAUUUUGUUAUAUUAUGUUUUUACAUUUUAUCAGGGUGUCAGAAGGUAGAGCUUUAAUUGUAUGUUUAGAAGAUAUUUCAUCUAGUGACGCUGUUUUCCUGUUUCACAGAAAGCUAAGCAGGAUUUGAAGUUAUUAGAGACUAUAUAUAAGACUAACCUGUAUUCCUUGUUUGGAAAACAAAUGUUAUUUGUACUAUAAGCCCUUAUAAAUUCAUUCAAAUAAUAAACAGGAAGCAUUUUUUAACAGUCAUUCAGACUGGCUUGUUAUCUCCACACAGUCCUUUGUUUCUAACAGGGAGAAGGUUUUUUUCAGGGUGUGAUGUAUCAUGGAAGAAGUGAUGUAGUGGUGAACAGUCUUUAAAUUCCACACGUGUUUCCUCAUCUGUUUUCACUGUGUUGACGUCUCCUUAGAGACAGUGAUGUGAACGUUGUGUGUGUUGGUCGAUAUGUGUGAUGCAUGUGUCUGAGAAGGUCUAUUGUAUGACUUUUUGCUGCUCUGUGUGGUUUCAUGCUGUCUAGUACUUAGUUCUUCAGUUUAUGAAAAAGAGUUACAUUUUAAGUCUAGACAUGAGAAACUGGGCUCGAGUAAAAUGACGAGACUUAGAAAAUGAAGAAAAGGAUCAGGAGUGUAACAUUUCAGAAUGAGUUAGGCAAACAAUCUUUAGAGAAGAAUGAGGAGAUUCUGAGGAUGUUCUUUAUUUUAAUAGGAGUGACAGAAAGGCAGUUUAAUGUCAUAUGCUUGUUAACUCCAUUCUCUUUUAGUAGGGAUGUGACUUCAGUGGAAGCAUUGGGCUGGCUCCUGCUAGCCAUAGUACUCAUUAUUGUAAGUAGUAUUCGAAUGAUGUGCAAAAAUACAUGUCGCCAAAUACUAGCUAGUAUUUGCUUUUAAGUCCAACCCUCUAUAGCAAACAUAAAAGCAUUUUCCACAGAGUGAUGUACAUUAAUAUGCAAUACACAACAAAUGUGCCAUUUGACCUACAACCCUGAAUUGAAAAAGUAGAAGAUGGAUGAAUGGAUUGGUAGAUAAAUCCGCAAGUGCCCAAAUUUAACAGCCGUUCUACUUGUAAAGGCUGAGAACUUUUAACUUUUCUGUUGCUAAUAAUUGACUCAUCUCUGUCAAACCGAAAACCAGGCUAAUUGGUGCCUACACGUAAAAUUAUAAAAAUAUAUCUGAGUGCUGCAAGCUUGCAUUUUUCCCCACCUGAAAUGUUACAAAACUGCAUUUAGGAGGAGAUGAAUUUAAGACAGUCUGAAAGGCUAAGAAUGCUAACAUAAAAGUACCUCUACUGAAUAUGAAGGCAAAGCAAAACCGAAGUAAGCAAAGGUUGUCAACCAGUACGGGCCAUUGCUGACACGAUGCUGGAGACAAAAUGGGACAAAAUUAAUCUCUUUGGACUGUGUGGCAAAGGAAACCUUGCACAGGGAAGAAUCUGCAAAGUCAGCAUGGAAAGGCAGUUGCCCAGACAGACACAGCCACAGCAUCGGUCUUUUAACAAUGAUUUAUUGACAGCAAUGGCACUCACGGUAAUGGGAGUGUAUGAUUUCGGGGUGAGCUAAGGCCAACACAACAAACAAAACUCAACCUAGGCUUCGGUUCUCCUCUGACCUGUUCACGGAAAAGAAAAGAAAGGAAUAACACAGUCUGACCUCCGUGGUCUAAAAACACAGGAGAAAAGAAGGCUUCCCAAAAUAAUCGGCAGCUCACCCCUACUUGCUCCGCACUUCACACACAUGCCCGACCAUUUAACCAAAUAGCUAUUGCUACGGAUGCUCCGUCUGGACCUGCGGCAAGUGCACGGGAAGUCUUUUAUAGUCCAUGUCCACAGCAGGAACCAGUUACAUCAGGCCUUUCCUUAGGUCCACCAAUCACAGCCGAGCCCCUGCACAGGUGAAUUUGCAUACACACAUUAAGAAACAGAUAACCCACCAACACAGGCACGUAACACAGUCCUCUCUGGAGAUCUGUGGAUACCUCCUGCAUAGAGUUUAAGAGAAAAUCCCUUAAUGAAGAAUAAAAAGAAAAUGCAAAAAAUGUGAUUUGUGUCUGUGAGGUGUGCCCACGGAUUUCCACAUAUAUCAGUUAGUGCUUUUUACAGAUUUAAGUCUGAAGAAACGUAAAGUUGGAUUGCUCUAGGCUAUCUUUUAACUUUUAUUAACCGUACUAGUAUUUAAAAAAUGGAUGAAUCCACUAUCAGAACAUCUAACUAUAAUUACAAAUUUUCAAUAUUAAACACUACCGAGAUACUAAUUAAAAUCCACUGUAGCUCAUAUAUCACUCGUACUAUAAUUCAAAACUGGCAUUUCCCUUUCCUGUGUUCGCAGAUUCAUGAUAUGCUUUAUUCAUUCGUUGUCAUAAGGUCUGAAAAGCUCUCCACAGACUUGGCCAAAAUACUGAUUACGUCUGUCUGGCAGUGAAGAUCAAAAGCUCUGAUUUACCUUUGCAUUGAUUUAAUGAGCUCAGCAAAUCGGAAGGUGUAUCAGUAAAUCAAGUAAGGCAUCUUUCUCUUGUGUCCUUGGAUGCUGUCUCAGAGAAAAGUAAUCGCCCUGCUCGAGUGUUAUCAACCAGUUUUAACAAAUUUGACCAUCUCCUAUCUCCAGAUCCUUGCUACCUAUUAUUUGUUUAUCAAAGCAUGCAAGAUACACAACGAAGCAUCCUCUUUAUAGUUGAUAUUUAAAAUAUAUGUAUUUAUAACUUUUGUAUUC